UCUUGAAUAGUUAUGUGUAUGGUAUUUUGCAGAAAUACAAGCGCAUUAAAAAGGGGCAUGGUGAUAAACUACAGAGUCCUGAAAAAUUGUACAGCCAACCACGGCAAGAGGGAUCAAGAAGCUGACCUGAUCUUCCAUUUGGGACAUGGCAAACUGCGACAGAGCCCGAGGAAACCGCACAACAAUUGUGUACAACACCAGGAAAUAGCAUUGUCUUCUCAAAAUAUGUCCCAAAGGAGGUCGAGGUCUCCUCAUUGCCAUUCGAGGGACUCUCGUGGGAGAUCAAGAUCCCAGUCAGAAGAGUCAGGUAGCAGAUCCUGGUAGAGAGAGUCCCACAGUCUGUCAGAUUACCAGUUAGAGGAACAGCAUGUCAGAUCUGCUUGUAACUCCCAGUCUUGGAAUUCCUACACCAGAUCUAGAUCUAGGUCAAUGUCACUGUCAGAUUCCCAAUCUAGGUAAUCGGAGCAGACACAC